AAAAAUAUGCAAAUUCUUUUAGGAUUUUCCCUCUUGAGCAACACGGCUGAGCGUCAGGGAGUGGCCUGCUGUGCAUGGGCGGCUCUACAAAAAACACAACCUGAACUAGAAGAUAUAAAACCUGAGUCCUCAGCUGCUUCUCACUUAUCUGACUGACUGAGAGCUCCGGCAGAGAAACAGAGCUUCAGACUAAAUCCAGAGAAACAAAGAGACGCGAAAGUCAAAGAACAUGUACUCACGGUCAAACAGCGUCACUCUGACGGUUCAGCAGGAGAGCUUCGGCUUCUCCAGGAUGGCGACGCGCAGCACGCAGCCGGAGGUCUUCACCUUCGAGCGGAUACCGGCUCAGGCCACCGCCGUGCGCUCCUACGUGCCCAUUCGGCCGAAGAAGCGCUGCACCCGGGUCAUGUACCCAGCUAAAGUCCGCAUGCAUCUCCCGCCACCGGAGAAGAGCCAGGCCAAGCGCUGGCUGGUCAUCCUGUGCAUGGUGGUGCUGUGGCAGAUCUACACCGAGGAGCCCUGCGCCGACACCCCGCUGAGCAGCGCAGAGAGCCCGAUCGGAGACUACCAGGGGUUCGCCUUCCAGUCCGCGGAGGAGCAGGCGAGGCAGCUCACACAGCUCAGCGCCUCCUCCGAGCUCCUGUCCGCAGCCGCGAGCAGCUGCGAGGACAACGGCUCAUCCACAGACCCCAACACCACCUGUCCCACGCCCAGCCAGGAGUCAGACAGCAGCCGCUCCUUCGAGCAGAGCACCGCCGGGAACGGCUACAUGGUGGCUCUGCUGGUCUACCACAGGCUGGGCAGCGACAACUAAAGACUCCCGGGACUGGUUUACCCACGAACCGCCCGAGUCUGGGCUCCUGGGAUCAGAACUGAACCGAGCUGGAGUUGAUCCUGACUUGAUUCUGGAGAACAGCGGUGCGCCCUGCGCGGCGCAGCCGGGGAGGGAGCUCCAUGCGCCGGCCUCAUCCUGCCAGCAGUCCCCCUCAGAGCAGAGGAGGACGCAGUCUGGAACGGACACUUGAAAGACAUGAAAAAAAAAAAAACCCUGAAACUUGAAAUCAAGAACACUUGAACUUUUCUGUGUGACUCCACAUAGACACUUACUGCACUUAGGCCUGAACUGGACGUUUUACAAGUUCAGUGUUGUCACUGAAAACUGUCACUGAUGUAGGCCAACCAGCUCAAACUGACACUGUUGUUGUAUAAUGUGUUAUUUAGUUAUUUAUUCUAUUAUUUACUAUUUAUUUAAUAAUAAUUUUAAUAAAAAAAUGUCUAAAAGAAA